UUUAAGGUGAUAUUUGACGCAGCAUUGGUGGGAUUUUCCUGCACCAUCCGUGAAGGAGUUGAACACUCAUGCUUUUCUAAACCAAUACCUCAAACCCACUUGCUCUAAAAAUAUCACACACUUCUUACUACACUAUCACUACACGACCAUGGUGUUGUACGCGGCGGCGGCUCUGGGCCACGGUUUGAGACCCGCGGUGGUUGGGUUCGUGUGCCCGCUGGUCCUCAAAUUCUUGAUGGGUUUCCGAUUCUUCCGCGACAACGCUCUUCACCAAUCCAGGCUCUUCCUUUUCCAAUUAGGUCACAUCGCCUUCAGCACCGAACCCCAAAUCUCCCACCUCGUGCGAAUGGAACACGCUCUUCGCUUGAUUUGGAGAACGCUCUCUCCUUCCCCUUCAUCAUCGCAGGCCCAGAACUCCCACCUCGUGCAGCAGAGCCUCCAUGACCUUUCCAUGCUUUCGCUUUGACCUUUCACGCUCUUUUAAUCCAUCAUGUGUCUUCUUCCUAUGAAUUAUAUGAAUUAGGGUAAUUAUGAUUUCCCCAUGUUACUAGCUUAUGCUGUUAUCUGAUUAAUCUUAUUUGAUACUAUUUUGGUGUAUGUAUUAUUAACCAAGGAAUUCUCUCCGAUCUCCCUUUCCCCAUUUCGAUGCUAUCUAUUCACGGAUUUUAUUUA